AUGGUGAGUGGAGGUUGGAACCUAGUGAUCAAAAUGAGGAAAGCCGGAAAUCAGUAUGGAUAUCGCAAGGAGGCAGUGGUGGUCACCAUAUUUGUGGAUAACAUCCCAGAGUCCAUGGAUUCCAAGGGAUUAUUCAUUCUUUUUAGAAAAUUUGGCAUUGUCAAGGAUGCAUUUAUACUAGGGAAGAGCAGAAGAGUAUCAGGUUCCAGAUUUGGAUUUGUUAGAUAUGAUUGCGAGGUGGCGGCAGAGAUGGCGAUUCAAAAGGCUGAUGGUUUGUGGUGCGAUAACAAGGCGCUGAAGGUUAAAAGAGUAGAGUUUCAAAAACCUCAUGCACUGGGUCACCAGGAGAAGAGGGUGCUGAACAGAGGAGAUAAUGGCAAAAUGAUGCACCAGCGACCUCAAAGGGAGCAGUGGCAUGAUAUUGGAGCUAAGCCAUCAUUUGCUUAA